AUGAUGAUCUACCCCGCCCUUCGGAUAGAGGUGUCGUACUCCUCUACACUCAUCGCGCUGUGGGCACUAAUCCUCGCCGUGCUGUCGUGGAUCGCCAGCUUUCCUAUGCAGGGCUUGAGUAUUCUUUUUCUUUCGAGUGUGGCGCUCACAUCGCCACAUGGUGAGAGCCGGAUGCUUUUUCCGCUACUAUUUCUGGCGGAGCGUUUGCUAGAUGAUGUGAUGUCGCUUGGUCAUGCUCCACUUGAGUUCUAUGCAUCAACGCUCCUGUCGUACUUGACACUAGUCGUUUGCCGAGGUGAGCGGCGUGGGAAUGAGAAUCGGAACAUUUACUUGGAGGCCAUUAUGUACGCAGUGGUAGGUCUUGUGGUGGUGUUCUUCAUCUGCAAGGACUCCGUCAUCUCGGUCGGUGCUGGUGUGUUUGUGCUAGCCGGCUUUGCCUUCUUCCUCGGGUUACGCUCUGUAUUGGGGGAGAAUGAGGCUGUGCUGGUUGGCUCACUGGUGGGUUUCUACAUAUGUGACGUGGUGAUCAACAGCGGUGCGGCUGGGGGUGAGGAGAUCCUGCAUGCCCCAGGCUACUUCACCACGAAGACGCAUAUCGCAAGUCGUGGUGCGGUCCUGUGCGCCAUCUACUUGUCGAUUGUGAUGUACGUCGGCUCCCGCUACUGCAUGGUGCCGCGCGUGAACAAUUCCAAGUCGUCUGAACGGGACAUUAGUGUGCAACGCAUCACAGCGCUUUUCUGGUGCUCGCUAACGAGCAUCGUCGCGGUCGUGCACGCGGCAGUGAGCUUCCAAUUCAAGGAGAAUGCGCUGCUUUGGAUAUGGCAUUAUAUCACAUCGAGUAGCUUUCGUGUGAGAGUUCUGAUGGCGUGGGCAACCGUGAUACCUAUAUCUGUUGUCGCUGUGCAUAAAUUCACUACGAAACUGCGAAGCACGGCGAGACGAAAGCUGUUCCACUUCCUCGCUGUUGUUGCCUUUACACCAGUUGCGCUAGUAGACCCGCAGUUCCUCUCACUUGCGCUUUCUGUAGCGACCAGUCUCAGUGUUAUUGUGGAACUUGCGCGUUCCUACAGGGUGUGUGGCUCCCACACCGUCGACGCGUUCAUUGCCAGUCAUAUUGACGGCCGUGAGACGAUUAACGGUGCGGUGCGCACACAUAUAUACCUCAUCUACGGGCUUGGACUUUCAAUGAUGCUGCGCUAUCGCCACGAGCAGCCAAAGACCGUGAUGCAGUUGCCCCGUGAAAUGGGGCUUUCGCUCAAUAUCAUUCCUGGAAUUGUGUCGUUGGGUGUUGUGGACGCGUGUGCUGGCAUCGUCGGCAGCACAUUUCUAAUCCCAUACAGACGAGCCUUGGGACGUUAUUUGAACAAUAAGUUCUACACGGAAAGGGCUAAUGCUUCCAUCACACACAAAACGACGACAGGAACAGCCGCUGGGUUGUUGUGUGGUGCAUCUUUUUGGCUCUUCAUUCUCCUGAUUACUCAAGCUGUUGUGGAGAGAGCUGCAGCAUACACUUACUUCCUAAUUCUUCUGUGUAGCGUGACGGAAUGCUUUAUGGAUGGCAUAGACAACCUACAGCUUCCUCUAGUGGUGGAUGGGGUGGCUCAGACGCUAUUUGUCAUACUUAUUCGCAGCUCUAACCUGUGGAAGUAG